AUGCCACCGAAAACUGCUGAACUUCUGCUGAAGUACUCGAAUAACUGCUGUGGGAAAGCUGAAAGAUCUGUCAUGUUUGCAGGCUGUUUAGAAGGUGUGGAGGCACAACACUUGGAUGAAUGGUUUGGACAUCUUCACUUCACAACAUCCAAAGAAGCUGCAUCAUUUUAUUAUCAAAUGAAAGACAAUCCAAAGGAUGGGCCUUUCAGUCAUGUUAGAUUUGUUGCCACCAAGUAUUUUUCCACAGGAAUUACUGAUGGAGUUGUAAGUGACAAGAAUGAGCAUAAAGAAGAUGAAGAGAAAAAAAGGAAACUCAACAUGCUAGAUGAGAAAAAGGAGAAAUCACAGCAAGAUGUGCUGGGCCAGAGAAACCUCCGAAAUAGCGAUCUAAUUUUAGUAUUGUCACACUAG